GCAUUAAUUUGACACACAUCGUGUGACAUGGACACAUAUGAAGUGAGACCUUUAACCACAAUAGGAAGUUGGAUAUUGCUGUUGCAUUUCCAUCUGAUACAUUUCCUAUGUAUUGUUUUAUUCCAGGAUGGCUCUUGAGAACAGUCGACCGAUGAAGACCUCGUAUCCGGACCUGGUGCUGGAUGCAGGCACUGCAGACUUUGGGGAAACGCACAGGAAAAAAAUGAAAGACCAUUCUUUGAAAAAGCAGCAGUGCAGAAACAUAGUUAUAGCAGCAUGUGCUCUUUUAAAUUCGGGUGGUGGAAUCAUUCAUGUGAAAGUGGGGAAUAAGGGUUACAACAAGAUUACUGAUGCAAUUGGAUUAGAUAUUGAACAAGGAAUUUCCAAUUUGGUAAAAAAACCGUCAUUCCUAGAAUUCAUGCAGCAAGGGAGCACCAUGUGGAUUUUUGUGCAGUCUUGGACCAAUAGCAUUGAUGAAGGAUCGAAUUUGCCACGAUUGUGUUCUAUAGCAAGCAAUGUUUACUGUAGGACAGGCACUCAACGCAUUGAAUUAAGUCCCCUUGAAGUGGAGGAUUUAUUCAGAAAUAAACCCACUCUAUCCCAAAGUAGUGAUGAAGAAGAUUCAGAUUCUAGUAAUGGUCCAGCAGCAAAAAAGUCUUAUUUAAUCCCUAAAUGUGGGAAUUCUGAUAUGUUAAAUCAAAAAGAAUUUCAAUAUGGUGACGUUUUUAAUUUCGGUGAGUCUGAAUACAUUGAAUUUAAAGCUUUUUCAGGGGAAAAGACAUCAGAGAGGAUAAAAGAAGCCAUUCCGGCAUUAAUGUCUUCCUUUGCAAAUGCAAAUGGUGGGUUUAUAUUUGUAGGUGUCACUGAUUCGAGGGAAGUUGUUGGAUGUAGUCUUGAAGAACCUGAUAGUUUUAUCUCUAACAUUAUCAAAAGAAAACUAAAGAUGGUGCAUAAUUGUUCCUCUCCAAGGGACAUUGAAUACAGACUUAAUGUUGCCAGUGUUAUGAAGGGAUCAGAAGUGGUUGGCUCUUUGAUAAUAUUAUAUGUGAAGCAGUCCUGCUGUGUAGUGUUUGCUGACAAUCCUGACAGCUGGACCGUGGACAAUGACCUCGUUAAGAGAAUGGAAUAUACUAAAUGGGCUGAGAUGUUGUUGGCUAAAGAUCCUGAGAUGGAAGAACUCUGUAUGAAUUUUAAGAAUGAAUUAAGUGUGACUGCAUCACCACCGAGGUGUAAGCCUGUGUUUUCAGUUGGAGGAGAUGACUCUUUGGACAAGCUGGUACAAAGGUUCUACAAAGAUGACUAUAAAUCCUUUUGUGGAAUCAAAACAUUUCCAGAAACAGUCUGUAAGGAACUAUUUCGUGGUCAUCCAGGUUUGGAAAACCUGCUCCCUGGAAUGAAACCUGGAGGAAGAAAGGGGAUUCUGAUAUUCUCCAGAAGCUGGGCUGUUGAUAUAAACUUACCAAAGCACAAUGGUGUAAUAUGUGAGGCCCUGCUCCUGGCCACGGGUGGAGCUCCACUGCUCUAUACUAUUGUCAAAGAAGAAGAUGAGGCAAUAACUGAGUAUUCACGAAACACAGCCAUGUCCAUCAAACAAAAGCUGGUGAAUGUGGGUGGAUAUGUAGGAAAACUCUGUGUCAUUCCUAAAAUCCUUCACUAUGUAGACCCUGAAAUGGCUAAACAUGGUAAUGCAAGCAGUCAGCAGCAGACUGAGAAUGUGUUACAAGUUCAGUACCCACCAAGUUAUGAAGACUUAACAAAAGAUGACAUCACAAAAUUGCUGAAAGCAGUCACCAUUGUCCUACUACAUUUCACGUCUGUCCUAAGUGAUAAGAUUGGCAGUGAAUUUCUCAAUCUACUCUCAUUCCAGCAAUUUCAGAUCCUUCAUUCAAAACACGACAUUGAGAACUGUAAGAAACUGUUUAUACAUGGUCUUCCUGGAACUGGCAAAACAGUUAUGGCUGAACAUCUCGUCGGAAGAAUUAUCAACACCUUCCGCUGUACAAGAGAUGAAGUUCUUUACAUUUGUGAAAAUAGUCCGUUGCAGAUAUUUAUGAGCCGAAGAUUGGAUUGUAUGUGUGUUACAAGGACAACGUUUAUGAAAGGUGAGUUUGCAAAUGUGAAACAUAUCGUCGUUGAUGAGGCUCAAAACUUCCGUAAUGAAGAUGGUGCCUGGUAUAAUAAGGCUCAGGCUCUCAGAACAUACAAAGAAACGCAUCCUAAUGGACCAGGAGUCUUCUGGAUUUUCAUGGAUCAUUUCCAAACUUCCCACAUUUUUCCGACUGGAUUACCCACAAUUGAUGAUCAAGAUCCGAAAGAGGAGUUGACUAUAGUGGUUCGGAAUGCAAAGAAAAUACACAAUGUUGUCCUUGAACAUGUCAAUAAGACUUUAAAAUCUUGGAUAGAAGGAUCUAGAUUUCUGAAAAGGUUAGCUCAAAGUACCAUAUGCAAUCACUCAUUUGCUGGGGAGGCUGAAAUAAAUAAUGAAAUGACACAAAUGGAGAUUGUCGACCACAUAGCAGAGCAAAUACAAUCGUACAUUAAGGAAGGCUAUGCACCUGAAGAUAUAGCCAUCCUGUGCAGUAAUAACAAUGAACGUGAAAAUUACCAUGAUUUACUACAUGUAAAGCUUGAACAACAAAUUAUAAAAGCAGAGAAUAUACUGGAAAAUGCUAUUGUCCUAGAUAGUUUGCGCAGAUUUUCAGGCCUAGAGAGGACAAUUGUAUUUGCCAUCAACCCCGUACCUCAUUCAUCACAGAGCGUACUAACUUCUAACAUUGUGGUCUGUGUGGCAUCGCGAGCAAGGACAAAACUUCAUAUAUUUUAUGAAGGUACACAAAAUUGCUGGAGAAACUCAGCGGGUGCAGCAGCAUCUAUGGAGUGA